AUUCAGUAUCUACCAACGACCAAAUAAGUUCAAAUUAUUAGAUCGAAAUAGAUCGUAUCACAUAAUCUAACGUUACAUUAUGAAGGUUACAGUCACCGACGCAGAGCUCGCUGAGCUGAACAAGCGCGUAUACACCGUGGGCUUCCAGGCCUUCCUAGCCUCUACCGCAGCCGCCACCGCAGGUCUGUACACACUCAACCGCAGCAACGCCUGGUUCAAAGCUCUGCGCCCCAGUUUCAAAGCAGCCGCAUGGAUCUGCCCGAUUGUUGUGGUCACCGUAGUCGCAGCGGAGGAGCAGGUUAUUCAGAUGGAGAAGGAGAGGCAUGUGCUGUACGACGAGGGGGGUGUGAAACUGGAGUCCGAUAAAAAUCGCUCGAUCACGGCACAGGACUGGCCCACGUGGUUGGCGGACAACCGCUUCUCACUGGUUGCUGCCGCCUGGGUUGCGGGUGUGGCUGGGUCGCUCACAUUCUCAUACAGCAACCCCUACCUGACACCCACGGUCAAGGCAUUCCACGCGCGUGUACAGUCGCAGGCCAUUACGCUGGCAGCUCUAGUAGCGGCUGGCGCUGUUGCCCCGUUCGGAUCAAAGACGUCCAUCAAAGCGGAUCACGAUAUGUUCCAGAGACGCUUAGAAUACGAGGAGAAGAAGUGGACCGUGGAACAUCCUGGAGAGAGCACGCACAAGAAGCACUAGAGUGCGUCUGCGUGUGUAAGGGAGGGCUCGGUAGGUACUAGUAAGACGGAGAGGUGAUCGGGGAUUGCCUUGCAUAUAACAAACGAAUAUACUCUAGUUAUUGUAGAUUGUACGCAAUCGGCGAAAAAAUAAAUAAAACUCGUCGUUAAUUGGCUUAUCCCUGC